GUCGUUGAAAUCAGGAAACUGAAUGUCGCUAUUGAUACUACAGCAGUGGGUGAAAGCUAACUUGGUCUCGUUUGAAGAAUGAAGCAGCGUCGAGUUUUUCGGGGGUAAAUAAAGGACAGGGUUCUGCAAAUGAUGCUGCUUGUGGGCUGAUUUGACAAAUCUUCAAGACAUUUCAACCAUGGAAGAACACAUCUCCAGUAGGGAUUCAGAUAAUCCUGCAGCCCUCUCAUCACAAAAGGUACUAAUUCUGCACACUUCCGACGCACAGGAAUGGGCAGAAUAUUUGCAGCAGAUCUUGAAGUCAUCCAAGAACUUCCAGAAAAACUCAAUCUUGCAAUAUACUGUUGGGUUGGCCGAUAAACUCCAUGAAUGCGACUUUGAAUACUUCCACAGCUGCAAGUGCAUCGUGCUGCUCCUCACUGGAGCAUUUGUGGACAUCAUAUUUAACCCUGGGCUGCAGGGAACCCUUCAGAGGCUUCUGCAGCCAUCUAACAGAGUGGUGGUGCUGCUGUGUGGCGUAUCUGAAGAAGACGUAGUAACAGCUGGGUUUGAAGACUGGUCCACUUGGAGGAAACUGUACGCUGAGGAUGAGCCUGCUGUCUACAUCUCCACCAUUUUGGACACCAUCACUAACAGUAGGCUGCAGGAUGAAUAUGUGAAGAAAUGUGCAGCCUCAGAACAGCUCCAUAUUACACCUACAACCGCAAAUGAAGAUACCCCCACAGAAAAUACACAGGAAGUGAUGUCAACAGACGUUCAGGAAGCCAACUUGAAGGGUGACGAACACGUGACGGCGGGUGUUUCAGCAACGGAGGAAAUGAGUCCACACUCACACAUCACCUGCCUCACUGUCCAACCGACCCAAGUCUUGUGUGGGGUGGCGGAGAGCAUUUUUAUCAUCUUGACUCACAAAGUGGAUGAUCUAACAGCACCAGAAGUCGAGUUCAGCGCUGCAAAUAAACCAACAAAAAGAGUUCCAGGCAUUGUUGUGAAUGAGUACACAAUACGUGUGAACGCACCUGAAAUGCCUGCAGGGGUGGUAUCACUCACUAUGUGCGCUAACCGAUCACGCAUAAACUUAAACUCCAUCACGUUCUAUACCAGUAUGGGACAAGUCAGUCGGUGUCUGGAAAACGCUGCUGAUCCCAUGAAUUUUCUCUGUCAGGCUUUCAACAUGACAUCUAAUUCCACAGAGUAUUUGGACAACAUUCUAACUGAUUCAUUCAAAUCCAAGAUGCCUGCACCUGGUCUUCAGAUGUUUGGAAUUGAACAGAUAGAGGAGUGCAAUAUGGCAACAUAUAAGCGUGAUGAGGAACUUCCCACGCUGCUCCACUUUGCUGCAAAGUACGGCUUGAAGAAGCUGACCAGCUUCCUCCUUCACAUUCCCGGAGCGCUGCAGGCCUACAGUGUGAUGAAUAAGAAUGGAGAUUACCCAAACACGCUGGCAGAAAAGAGUGGCUUCUCAGAUCUCAGACAGUUUAUUGAUGAGUUUGUCACGACAGACAUGCUCAAGUCUCAGACUGAAGAUGAAGAAGACAAUAGCACCGAGGACUAUGAAGAUAUGUCUACUACAAAGGACUCAGAUUGUCCUAAUGACAUGUAUGUGUCAAUGUUGGGCAUAAACCCUGAGUGUGCAGAUGAUCUAUAUGAAGUAAUGAGUGCAGUAGGAGAAAACUCAGAGGAAGCAAUGCUGAGAACAUUUUUUCAAGCAAAACCUCAAAACCGAGUAUUCCAGGAAGAAGGAGAGAAACGUCAACGUGAGCAAAUGGAAAACAACAAACAGAAUGAAGUGGAUGAAAGUGACAUAGAGUUAGACACAUACAACAUCUCUACUGAAGAAAUCUAUGAUACUGUAGAUGAAAAUAGUUGCUACAAUGCAGCAGUCCUGUGGCGUCCACCAGCCCCGGUACCCAGACCUGAAAUUGAACCUCAGCCUGAAAAGUCUGUAACAUAUAUUUCAAGAGUUUUUUCAGACAAAGUUACAUCCCAAAGCCAAGUCUUGGAACUGUAUCAGGAAGCUCAGCCUGCAUUAGACACCCUCACAACGGUGUAUGAUGCAUUUGCUGGGAUGAAGACACCUGGACAGAGGCAGCUCAUAACAUUGCAGGAGAGGGUCAAGGUGGGCGAGAUCACCGUGGAUGAAGCUGUCUCAGCUUUCAAAGCUUGGAAGUUGGACAAUGAGAGCAGGGCCAGCUCCAUACGUUACCAGCAGGAUAACUUGAGAAGAUUAAGACAGAGCAUCAACAGACGUCACAAUGAGAGAGGAAAGGAUCUUGACUAUGAGAUCAGUGCUCCACUGCAGAGAAACUCCUUUUGGGGAUCCACUGUGACAUAUGAGUGUGCUGUUUAUGAUGGAGCUUCCAGAAUGGGGCCUCCAUCCUCCUCCAACUCAGCUCAGUUCAUCCAAAGAGGCAGCUGGAAGACGGGAAGCACCUCCAGCACAUCUAGUACUGAGAGCAACCGACUUAGCACACACAGCAACUUAAGCUACAGCAGUGGGAUGGAGCCUGAUUUGGAGGACUCUUUAGAAAACCUCCCGACUCCAUCUCGACCUCCACGGAUUUCCGAUACUGCUCCACUAACGCCACCCAUAAUUCCUCCACGCAAUCCACAAAGGGUUUCAGAUAACAAGUUGCAUGAGCGCUACAUCUCUUACCCAACUCGAGCACCUCCUCAAAGACCUCCUCAAAGACACACAAACUCUGCUCCUCCUGUCCCACGUCGACAGCGGUGAUGUGCAUCAAGGCCUGUGUCCAAUCUGAGUUUUCUUCGUGUGUGUUGCAGUGAUGCAUACAUUGGAAUGAUGGACAAACAUAAACACACAAAAUAUGUAAUAAAAAGCAUAGAAUAUAAUCCCUUUACUGUCCUUGUCAGGGCUAAAUGGCAUCCAUCAGUGCAGUACAAAUGAAAAACAAUACCUAAAAUGAAUAAUAACCAUAUAUGUGUCUACUUUACAGCACAAACACACACGCACUUACAAUCAAAGAUAUUGCGUUCAUUUUUCAUUUAACGAGUCAGUAUGCAGGAACAGAAACAAUUGAGAUAGUCAUUUUAAUUGAUUCUAAAUAAUGAACCAAAAAUAAUUAAAAUACAAUGUGAGAUGUGUGACACAAUAUGAUUGCUGUUGUUUUGUCAUUUUAUCACAUGUGGACUCAUAUUAUAUCUCUCCAGAUUAGAUUUCAUCAAACUCACACGUACAUAAAAGUAAAACAUGUUAAAUGAGGGUAUUUUGUCUCCUCCAACUUUUUUAACAUUGUGCAAAAUUAACUUUGAUCGGGUGAUGGCGCUCCAGAGUCACUUUGUGUACCUUUCUCAUUUGAAUCUCCCACAAAGUGUCAACAUCAAUGCGUCAUGUUGACAUGUCGUAUUUAACCAUUCAACCCCAGUUGUCAAUCAUGUAAACAACCCAGAACUUUUAUUUUCUACUGUUUAUAUGCGAACCAGAGUUGGCGGAAGUGUAACCACUUUGGACUUGCGGUAGGAAAUUUCAAAUUAAAACUACUAUUUGCAAACACAAUGCAGAACACGUACCUAGAGUUUGUAUUUCAGCACAUACACGUACAUACAUUUGUUAAAUAUGCUGUAUUUUAUUAUUGUAGACACGGGUUACAUUAUAUUUUCACUGAUUUUUUUUCACAAAUAAAUAUAUACAAGCUCUUAA